AAAAUAUUUCAUCAAAGGCCCACCAGACUGAACCCUAGCUUAUCUCUGUUGUGUUUACCUCCGGCCGCCGCCACCCCAGAGCGCGCCCUUUUUCUGCCAAAACCUCCUCCGCGCGCCUCCCUCUGUUCCCAAUCUUCUCCGCGUGCCUCCCUCUGUUUCCAAUCUGCUCCGCGCGCCCACAUCUCCCCCAAAUCCUUGCGCCUCUCCUCUGCCAAAUGUUGAGCCGCCUCUUGUGAGCAUCCUACGAGCAGGACGCGGCCAAGGAGGAAGGAGCCCCAACCUGCAGCAAGCCACCACCCCUACUCCGGCCAAGGAGGAAGACGCAUCCACGCCACAACCUGCAGGGAGCCGCCCCGAGGACGGAGGUGCCUCAACCUGCAGGGAUCCACCUGGGAUCUGCCCCAAGGGGAGGCGCCCCAACCUGCACAGAUCCACCCCACGGGGGAAGCGCCCCAAUCUGCAGGGAUCCGCUCCAAGGAGGGAGGUGCCCCAACCUGCAGGAAGCAGCUCCAAGGAGGGAGGCACCCAAACCUACAGGGAGCCGCCACCCCUUUCCGACCGGCAGCCACAUCCCGAGUAGGAGGACGCUCCAACCUGCAGGAAGCCUCCGACCAGCACGCUGCUGGUUCACCUGCUACGACGCGCCCCCAGGACGCCACUGAUUCGCAUCUACCAGCUACCUCCUUCCUGCUUUACUGGCUCACUGACUGUGAAUGGUAAAGGACAUGGUGACCAUAUCAUAAGAAGUUGGGAAAUUUCUGAACGUCCACAACAUCAACAUUUGACAUACCUAAUCUUGUGCAAUGGAGUAGAACAUAAGCUGCAAGAAUUUCCUUGACAUAUCUUUAAUAUUCGAAGCAACUACCUUCUAGCUACAAAGUCUCCUGGGAAGGAUCUUGUGCAACGGUAAUAUUUUGCUUCCCUGUGCCUUACUGUCAUUACCUUCUCUUAAGCUUCUGAUGUGUUGUAUGGUUGCACUCUUUGUGGAAAAAGGCAUAAUCUGAAAUUCACCUGAUCUCAUCAUGGAUAAAACAUGGAUCAACAAUGAUGCUAGGCACACCAAGGCAUAUUUGCAAGGGGUGAACAGUUUCCUUGCUUUUGCAUUUAGGAAUUCAGCAGUAGGAAACAAGAUAUUAUGUCCAUGUACAAAGUGUGUUAACUCAUUUUGGAGAGAGUCAAGUGAUAUACGUGAGCACCUGAUAUGCGAUGGGUUUCUAAAAGGGUACACAACGUGGAAUUUGCAUGGGGAACCUUUCUCUUCUGUGAAUCGUGGGAACUUUGAUGGUUGUGAGGUUAUGGAGGAAUCUAAUGAGGAUGAUGACAUAGCUGGUUUGCUUAGAGACUUGGCUGCUGGUUUAGAUGAUAGAGGUGAUUUUGAUGACAGCAGUUCUGUCCUAGAACCCUGUGCUGAACUACUUGCCAUUCAGAAGUUGGUAGAGGAGAAUAGCAAGGGGCUGUACCCUAACUGCAAGAAAUAUACACAAUUGCGUUUCCUUAUUAGAUUGUUGCACCUCAAACUCCUUGGCGGAUGGACUGAUAGAUCUUUUAACUUGCUACUUGAUCUACUUAAUGAUGCACUCCCUGAGGGUUCAGCACUACCUAGGAGUUUCCAUGAGCCUAAGAAAUUGGUGAAAUCUAUAGGAAUUGGGUACAAUAGUAUUCAUGCCUGUGAAAAUGAUUGCAUUCUCUAUUGGAAGGUGAAUUCAAAAUUAGAUUCAUGCCCAAAAUGCAAGGUUUCAUGUUGGAAAUCAAUAAGAAAGAGUCAUACAUAUAAGGUUCCUAGGAAGGUUCUCCGAUAUUUUCCAAUUAAGAAAUGUCUGCAACGAUUAUUUUUGUCAUCUAAAACAGCAAGUUUAACUAGAUGGCAUGAUGAAGGCCGAAAAAAAGAUGGUCUUCUAAGGCAUCCUGCAGAUUCACCACUAUGGUUGGACUUUGAUGAAAAACAUAAAGAGUUUGCUGAAGAUAGUCGGAAUAUCCGUCUAGCAUUUGCCACUGAUGGUUUUAACCCAUUUAGAACCAUGAAUGUUAGCUACAGUGUGUGGCCUGGUAUUUGUAUUCCCUACAAUUUUCCACCUUCAAUGUGCAUGAAGCAAUCCAAUUUCAUCCUUUCUUUACUGAUUCCUAGUAGAUAUGGUCCUGGUAGUGAUAUGGAUGUCUAUUAUGAACCACUUAUUGAUGAUUUGUUGGAUAUGUUUGACAAUGGAGUCAGAACCUAUGAUGCUUCCAAGGGUGAGUACUUUCAGUUGCGGGCAGUAGUGUUGUGGACUAUCACUGAUCACCCAGGGCUAGGAUAUACAUCUUCAAUUCAACUUGGUAAUGGUAGCAAGACUUGCUAUAUGGGUCAUCGUAGGUUCUUGCAUGAAGGCCACCAAUUUAGGUUUGAUGCUGAUAAAUUUGGUAGUACUGAGUUUAGACCAGCACCAAUUCCACUUACCGGAGAGGAAAUCUUGGAUUGCACUAAGGAUCUUUGUACAGUUUUUGGUAAGGAUCCAUCUAGAAAGAAACCAGCAAGCAAGAACUUGUGGAUUGAAAUGGAAGGAAUUCAAGUCAACCCUGAAGAAGCAUUAUUUUGAUGAAACAAUUACAGAUGCACAACUAAAGGUAAUGUAUGCUGAUAGAGUUACUGAUGCUGAUUGGGCGUUUCUCUCAAACUAUUGGAAGUCUCCGCUUCAGAAGAUCGCACGGAAAAGGCAAAAGUGAAUCGUUCAAUGUUGUUGGUAAAUCAUACAUCAGGCAGCAAGAGCUUUGCUUGUUCCGGGCAUGAACUGGGUAAUAAACUAGGGCGUCCUCCUCGAAGAGAUGAACUUUAUAUUAAAACACACACAAGGAAGAAUGGAGUUCCAUCAAGGCAAGCAGCACCAAUUAUUCAAAAACUUCAAGCAAUUGUUGUAGAACGCCCAGAGUUGAAGGAAAGAACAAUUCAAGAAGGUGAUGCAUUUGCUGCUGCAUGUGGACAAAAGGAGCCAAGAGGACGUGUCCGUGGUUUGGGUCUAGGACCAACUCCCCAAGAUGUUUGUACCCCUGGGCUGAAGUGUUAUGCACCCACAAGGCUUCAAAUGGAAGUUCUGGCUCGUAAAAGAGCUGAACGUGAGGUAGCAGCUCUACAACAACGCUUAGCUGAACAAGAGGAAAGGAUGUCAGAUGAGAGGGAAAAUGUGGAAAUACUCUCACAGCAUGGUUCUAAUUCACGACACCAUGUGAGCCCAAGGUCUGAAGAAGAUGAAGUUUCUGAUCACUCUACUGAGGAUGAGUUCUUGCUUGUGAAUAGGCGUGUUGUAGACCCAGCGGUAGUGGAGCAGAGACAGGGAAGCCCCAGCAAUAUAGCCAAAUCAGUGCAGCCUCGUCGGUGUAGUCCUGUACCAGCCCCACCAUCCCUACCAACGAAUGGCGCCCCUCGCUGUCCACAUGAUGAACUUGUUGGGAAGGAUGUGAUAUUAUAUGACAUCUUGAGACCUAAGCAGCCCGUGGCUAAGGGGACAAUUAUUUCAACUAAUCCUUGCAGCAUUCUUGCAGGCGAGGCACUUGGAAAAUAGUAUUGUGAUGUUGUUGUGAAUGCUGUGAUGAAAAGGGAUACAGUUUUGCCUCGGCCUUAUGGUGAUGUGGAGACGAUGGCGGAUGCUCACAAGAUUUCAAUUGCAUGGCCAUAUCAGAGAUUGAAGGUUACCCAGGCAUUACAAUCUUCCCAAGGUGGAAGAUCCUAGAGAGGUAGUAUGAUGAUCAUGUCGACAACCAGCAGAUCAGCCUCCUGUUUUGGUCCGUGUGUCAUGUGAUCAUGUCGGCAACAAGCAGCUCAUCCUCCUAUUUUGUUGUGUCAUGUGAUGAGUUCUGUGUACUGUGAUAAACUGAACACAUGGUUGUGUACUGACUUAUUUGGCUUAGCUUGGUUGCCUCCUGUUUGUUUUGUAAAUGUGGUUGUCUGUUUGAGCUAUGAACAUAUGAUCUGGUAGAUCAGUGACAUGUUGUUGUCUUAUCUUCAAUGAAAACUAAUUAAGUUCCAUA